GUGUGAGUGGAGCCUGUGUGUGUGUGUGAGAAGCUGCGUGCUGAACAACGCGAUAUACAGUAGUAACCCAGAGUGAGGUGGCAGUCUUAUUCCACAUCGACUUGCCCCUGCGCGCAUCUUUAUCUGAGUCCAUAUCUGUGCGCAGUGGAAGAAGAGCGGAUCAGCAUGGCCCCUGGACGUGACUGUGGACAACCCACGAUCUGAUCUGGUUUCUUCUUUGUGUUGAGAUUGAUUGCACAAGGCGUUCAUUUCUGAGUAUUUGGCCUCUGCUGGGACUUCGCUUGGGUUGAACAGCAACAAAGGACGGGAGCGCGCAUUCAUGGGACGCGACUUUGACAGCUCCACGUCUGUUCUCCUAUAACUUUAUCAGCUCCCAGUAAGGACCAGAUUGAGUCUGGAGAUAAUGGCAGAGGCUCCCCUCCCUGACGCUCUUCCGGACUUGGAAGUGGCCAUUGACCCGGACUUUGAGCCACAGAAGCGGCCCCGCUCCUGCACCUGGCCGCUGCCCCGACCGGACUCCAGCGCGGUGAAACCGGAGAGCACCGAGGCAGAUAUUAUACCUGAGGAGGAGGACGACGAGGAGGACGGCUCAACCCCCGCUUCCAUCGGUGUUAAUGGCUCCACUGCUGCGACAGAGGACCAGAGCAGUAACAGCCCCGUUACCGACGGUCCGUACCCCUCCCCCGGGCAUGAGAGCGGAGACUCCCCGCUCUCCACGAACUCACCUCCGGCCCCCUCCGGCGCUCUGACCCCCAGCGGCUUGGCUGCAGCGCAGACCCCGAGGAAAGCAUCGUCCCGCCGCAACGCCUGGGGGAAUCUCUCCUACGCCGACCUGAUCACCAAAGCCAUCGAGAGCUCACCGGAGAAGAGACUGACCCUGUCCCAGAUCUAUGACUGGAUGGUGAGAUCCAUCCCCUACUUUAAAGACAAAGGCGACAGCAACAGCUCUGCAGGCUGGAAGAACUCCAUCCGGCACAACCUGUCUCUCCACAGUCGUUUCAUCCGUGUCCAGAAUGAGGGAACGGGAAAGAGUUCAUGGUGGAUGAUCAACCCAGAGGGAGGAAAGGGAGGCAAGGCUCCACGGCGCCGGGCAGUCUCCAUGGACAACAGCAACAAGUACACCAAGUCUGCCCGUGGUCGUGCUGCUGCUAAGAAGAAAGCCGCCCUGCAGGCUGCGGCUGCUGCAGCUGGGGAGGCUGGUGGAGACAGUCCGUCAGGCCCCUCUAAGUGGCCGGGGAGCCCAACAUCACGCAGCAGCGAGGACCUGGAUGCCUGGACAGACUUCCGAUCCCGAACCAACUCUAAUGCCAGCACAGUUAGCGGCCCAAUCUUAGCGAACCCUGAGCUUGACGAGGUCCCUGAUGAUGAACCUCCUCUCUCACCAAUGAUCUACUCCAGUCCUGGCAGAGCCCUGUCUCCUGGCAAUACUUUGACCAAUGGGAAGCCUGCGCCUGCUGAGCUACCUCGUCUGGCGGAUCUGGCCAAUACAAUGAACCUUAAUGAUGGAAUCACUCAAGACCUGAUGGAUGAUUUGCUGGAUAACAUCAAGCUAGAACCAACCACUUGCAGCCAGGGAAUGCAAAAUGGUUCCUCAGGAUUUAGUUUUGUGUCCAAACCCAAUGGGUUAGGGUCACCUUCCUCAACUUCAUCUCCAUCCUCCAACAACUCCCCUAAUGCAGGAGGUAAUAGUUACAGUAACUCCAUCUUUGGUCCGUACACAGGAAGCUCCUCACUGCGUACGUCCCCCAUGCAGACGAUCCAGGAGAAUAAGCAAACAUCAUUUUCAACCACUGGCAUGUCUCGCUUUUGCGGCCAAACACUACAAGACCUUCUUAACUCUGACAGCCACAAUCAUAGUGAUGUCAUGAUGACUCAGUCCGACCCAUUGAUGUCACAGGCCAGUGCUGCUGCCAUUAUUUCCCAGAACGCCCGGCGAAAUGUUAUGGUCCGUAAUGAUCCUGUUAUGACUUUUGGGACCACUGGUGGUCUUCAGGGUGGCCAUAGGGAGAUGAUCCAAACUAACAACCACAAACAGAGCACCCUCAGGUCUUUGAAUGGAGAUCUGAACCUCGUCAAUGAGGCUAAUACUUUGGCUAAUGUCAAACAACAGCUCCUACUGUCACCAAUUGGUGGAAAUGGAACUUCCUCCAUGCAGAUCGACACCUCCAUCUUUUUAAAUGGCACAGUUAGCAGCAGCGGAGGUUGUCAGGACCGCUUUCCUACAGACCUGGACCUGGACAUGUUCAAUGGUGGCAGCCUGGAGUGUGACAUGGAGUCCAUCAUUAGGAAUGAUUUGAUGGAUGCAGACGGUCUGGAUUUUAAUUUUGAGACACUGGCCAACAUGAAUGGAGUCAGCAACUUCACAAGCAGCAAGCAGACGUCCCAGAGCUGGGUGCCUGGCUGAGAUAGAAGGGGAAGAGCAGGUCUGACAUAUGAGGUGCAAAAGGAGAUCAGACAGAACCUCCCGUUUUUGCCAAACCAGCCAUCAGCACAAUGUAAAAUACAAACGCUGUGUUUACAAAAGUAAACUUCCUCUCUUGAGCUUUACCUUCACUCCCACACUGGCGAACCACAACUUACCUGAGAGACUCUAAAGAUGCUGCACCUCAGCCCACAAAGCCUCCUGUGAAAUAAAAACAAAACAAACUGAAAAAAAAAACAAUGACAUGCUUAUGAAAAACUUAUGCAAUUUUUCUUUGACGUCCAGUUAGAAGACGCAGCUUGUCCGAACUUUUGUGAGGUGGAAAUUAAGGACUAAGGGUUAGGUGAAGACAUUGGAGAUCACGGUGCAGUUGUUCCCACUAAGAGAUAAAAAAAUAAAAAAAAUCAAGACAGACUGUGGGAUGUUUUAAGGACAAAAACAAUCCAUCUGUCAAUAGUUAUUAUAUCUGUUCACUGUUUGUUUUUUGGCAUUAUUCUGUUUUAUCUUGGUUGAUCAUUUCUGUAUAGGAAAAAAAAAUCAAAAUUGGAUUUGUUUAUUGAUAAAAUGAAGAGAAUCAGACAGAGGGUCUUACUGAAUGGGUGUUGCACACAGUUUUUGCAGACACCCAAACAGACAAACUGACACUUUGCAAAAGAAAACCUCAGAAACCUUAGAUGAAAUUCAUAAAACUUAUGCCAUGCACUUAAUGUUUUUGCUUGAAGUUAAAUAACUGCGGCAUACAUAAACAUCACAUGCUUCAUCCUUGUGUACUCCAAAGUGUGCAUAAAGAAGGAGGAGAGCAAAUCUAAAAUGUAUUUUUUUUUUGUUUGUUUUUGUGAUAGCUUCUGGGGAGCUCCGUUGAGCUUGUUUAAUGCAGCCAAUGAUGUAGCUUAAAUACAUACCUGUAUCCAAGAGUUGUGAAUAUUUCCACACCACUAUGGGUGCUGUAUGAACAGUGUUGAAUCCUAUCCUGAGAGCGAGCUGCGCCUGUUGUUUUAAAAGCCACAUGUAGCGCUGGCGGAGCAGAAAAGACAACAAGAGGGUUUUUUUUCUCAGCCUCAUUCCUCUAGAAGCCACUUGUUUCUUGAGUAAAAAAAAAGAA